AGCGUCCUCUAUUCUUUUAAACAGUAGAAACGGUGCUCUCCUGGCAGCUGCAGAUCGGCGGAGAUGAGGCUGUUCCUGACCGUCGUGCCUUGCACGCCUUCCAUCGCUGCGCAGCACAGCUCCGCAUCUGACAACAUCGCCCUUUUCGACGAUGGCGUGUGGACCAGUCGCGGGCCGUCGCAAUAUGCCCGCACGCAGGUGUCGGCUUCUUUUGUAGCGCAGGAGAUACACCGACAGGCGGCCCUCACAGAGCUGCUUUGUGCCUCCAAGAGGAGCGUGGUGUGCUUCCGCUACGGUCCACGUCCCUCUCUGCAGUGCGACGUUGUGUUCUUUCACAAGCGCCGUUUUCCAUUGUGUGGACCUCCCAAAGACUCCUCAACCCGCACGGCGUCCUCAGCAGAGUCUGCUGGAAUGUCGUCGCUCCUCAUCACUCCCUCCACGUCGCUUAACUCCAACCGAUCGGGGAAGUCGCCGCAGUCCGCGUCUCUGAUAACGCCGAUGGCGCACGAGGCCACCGCGACUGCCGCCGUGUACGAUAGUUUUCUUGCCCGGUGGUUGCUUGAGACAGUAGUCGUGCAGAGGCGGGUUGCGACGGUGUGCGGGGGUCUGCUCUACGUUGACGGCACCGCCGUGGACCUCAGCACGCUGCGCGACGUAACUACAGAGCCCAAUAUCAACGGCGGUAUCACAUGCGUCCUUCGCUGCGCCGACGACGUCCACGCCUGUUUAACGCAGUGCGAGCACGCUGUGAGGGAGCUAGCACACCGUCACUCUCCCCACGUCCCGUAUCACAUGUGGGUGGCAGUGCGUGUCGGCGCUGCCGGCGCCGUCACCGCCCAAAGCGAGGAACUUCCGGUCGUCACCUUCUUGGAUUUAGCUCCUCCGGCCGACGGAACAGGUGAAGGCGGCCCUCUCGACGACCACAUAGCUGCCUGCCUUCGUGAGCAACUUCGCCUGUUUGAUCGCCAAUUAGGCUCGCCGGCGUCCGCGUCUGCGUCGGCCACGGAGCUUCGCAGAGAACGCAAGACAACCUCCCAGGCGGAUGAGCGCUGGCUCGGCUUUCUGCGGUCGUGCCAACUGUCGCGUGCGCAGACGAUUGGCGUCUUUUCCCUCGCAGAGCAGGCCGGCGAGAACCCCUUCAACGUCGCGGCGGGCGAGCGCGGGUGCGAUGCGCUGGCGCUGUCUGCCGAGCUGCGGCAGCGCGCACUGGAAGAAGCGGUGAACAACGGUGUUGUGCACCCGCAGCACGCCGCAGCACGCCACCGCCAGCGACGCCUCAAAACCAAGAAAAAAGGGACGCAAGAAAAGGACAAAGUGUCGCCGCCGACGUUCGCUUCCGCAGAAUCCGCCUCUUCCACUUCGCCGCAGACGAUGCACCUUCUCGUGAACACACCGCAACUGCCGUCGCUGAAGCAAACGCCCUCGUCGAGUCGCAAGACAACAGCGGGGCAGAUCUGCAGAGAGGAGAGUUUAAGCGGCUCUUACAACGAUGCCGCCAACACGCCGCGUGUCGUGGCCCGUCAGGCCGUUCUCGACGCGGAGGAACAUCGUGCGCGUGGUGCGCUGAUAAACAGCGAGCCCAGCUCUCGGAACGCGUCCGGGGUGCGGCGGGCACUGCAGGUUCGGCCCCCCGACACGUCCGUCACCGUCGUGGCCCGGCAGCCAUCGCGCACGGUGAGUCGACAAAGGCGGCAACAAGUGUUCUCGGCCCCGGCACAGCGUCCUCCGCCGGUGCCGGUGCCGCCGCAGCCGGGCCUUGCAGCGACGGCGCGUGCGCUUCGUGGCAGCAGCAAAACGCCGUCUGCGAAGCCUCCCGAUUGCACGUGGCACUCACCCGAUUCUGUGCACGAGGUCCUGCCGAUCCUUUCACCGUCGUCUGCUGCCAGGCACGCUGUGUCAUCCCCUACAACACCGUUGUACCGCCUCUCCCCUGCAAACUCGUCACGGCGGCGGCGACGGCCGCGCCCGGAUUUCCUCUUCGAGGUGGACAAGCGAAACGACAUGCCCAGCAGCGCGGCAUCGCCUACAACUUCGGCCUCACCGUCACGCGCGACGAGUAGCAGACGCCGCUACUCCGCCUUGGAGAUGGCGCUGUUGGAGCGUGCGCACUCUCGCUCACCUCGCAGUACCCCCGCUGCUACACCGAACAACGGAGACGAGGUUGAACUUUUGUAUCCACUCGUCUGCAUCUUUCACGCAGAGCUUACGGCGCAGGACAACUUGAUGGCAGCGGAGCUGAUGGCUCGGAGUAAAAUAGAACUGCGAGAGAUGCACUUCCGCCGCAAGCUGGAGAAGUUGAAUGCGGAGCACAACUUCGUCGUCGCGUCGCCGCGUUUCUGGAGCACGUCGAGCGGCAGGCUAUACGCGGCCUCACCGAAUUCUUUGCGUCCGUUCUUUGCUGCAUAUUAA